UCUGGCCUAGCAGUGGAGAGACCAGCUGGCUCGGGCAUGGCCCAUUCUCUCUGGCGGAUUUUUCUCUCUGUGACCGUCUCCAUCUCCUCCUCACCCUUCUCCCAUGCCUGAACCCACGGCUCCUGAGCUUCGGCUGUCGUGCCCUCGCCCACUGGCCGCACCAUGGGCACUUGCAUGUCCCGGUGCUGGCCCAGUUAUCCGGAUCACAGAUAUAUACCAGUGAGGAGUCGUUACCUGAGGCACGAGGAGACGGUUCAGGUUGGCGUUCGUACCACUUAUUACUGCAAGGACCAGCCCAGGCGACUUUCCACGCUAACGUCCAGCUCCUCCUUGUCAACCACCUCCUCCUCCUCCUCCUCCUCCUUCUCCGAUGUGUCUCUAUGCCUGGAGGGCGGCGAGACCCCCAAUAGGAUCCCUGAAAGUCAGCCAGGAGAAGGAGCCAGAGAUGGCCUCCUAGAAGGAAUCCUUGGAGGAGUCUCUGAAAGAGUCCCGAUCCUUCAGCAGCAAAGGAGAGUGGACGACGACGAUCCGCUCCUGAACCUCAGUCCAGAGCCAGUUCAUGACCUGAACGAAUCGCCUUCAUGGACUGUUUGCAUGCCAGUCCAACCUGAACAAGUACCUAGCAUGCCCAUGCACGUUGAUAGUCCGUUGAGUAACAGCUUACUGCAGGUCUCUCCUUCCGAACCUUCUUCACCAGUCUUGACCACCUUGUGCCAUCACCCACUUAGGCAAGCACAGUACUACAGCAUUACCUCACAGGAAGAUGACGAGAUAGUCCUGGCGUCAAACCAUGAUCAGGAAGAAGAGGAAGAGGACGAAGAUGGGGAGGACCAGGAAGCCUACGAAGAAAGUCCUCUGCCAGUUAGGAGGACGAGCAGCAGGCUUGUGACAAUCGGAGUUACGGGUAAACGCUGGGGGAUCCGGGGGACCCCGGGGUCGUCGCUCCCCUCCCUGACCGAACCGGACUCUCCCCCCACCACCUCCCUCGACCUUGAAUGGGAACCGGAAGCAGGCCUCGUCAGAAUGAGCCGAGAAAGCCUAGGAGAGGAAGAAGGCUCCCACACGGCUGAGUCCAACAGCUGGGUGGCGAGGUCAUCUUGCUCGACGCCCAACAGCCUCGAGUGGGACUUCAGAGCUUCUACCCUCAGCCUUCGGGGAGGCAUCGAGGACGACUCCUGGCAGCACACGGACAUGGAGACCGAGCAGCUGCUCCACGAGAUAGAGCAGCUGGCAGCCAGGGCGUUGGCAGAUACGGGACACGGCCUCCAAGCUGCACCCAGAUAGGAUCGGUUUUCGUAACUUGCUAAAAGUUACAGAGUGAUAAGGGGAACUUCGGAGGUUAUCCGGAGCGUCUGUUAGUCGAGUGAUUGUUACUGGUUCUGUUUCGGAUGUAUAAAAAACAACUGCACAAGAGGUAUAUCUGUAAAUAAGCAUUGAUUCGUUGUUCGUGAAGGCCUAUGACGUGUAGGCCAUCAUUGGUUUUCGUAAGAGUGACGCGAAUUAGUAUUGUGAAGUCUAGUGAUUCCAGUUGAUUCCUACAACAGCUCCUCCUUCCUCCAGUUUACGUCGACUUUCUUAAUUACUUACUACAAGCACUUCACUCCAUGAAAACGACAAAUCAAAUGGAUAAGAUAAAACUAGCCAUGCUCAACUACUCUUAAUCACCUCCUUCAUACAAUUAACGAUUCAGAGAGCGUCCUUCUUUGCGAUCAAGCCAGAUUUGACGAGACACGUUCGAAACUGGCUUGACCGCGUUCAACGGUGGUAUUACUUUGUAGCACAAAGCCCAGGUCAUGGUAAGGUAACGUUGGCGUGUUAAGACGAACUGUUACGAUAUUGUUAAUGUUGUUACGCGCCUGAAGAUUGCAUUGAAAACAUCGAAAGUGAUUACAUUUUUAUGACGAUACACAAACGGAAGUUUCUCUGUGUGUGCGCGUCGGAAUUGCUGGUCUGAACAGUGAUGCAAAAGAAUGUUGUAUUAAUAAAGCACUUUUGCUAACUCAAGUGAGAAGCGUUUUGUAAAUUUCUGAAGUUUUGAAACUUAAAAAUGAUAACCCAGUCGAAUGAAGAAUGAAGUUCAGUCAUGAAGCCUUUAUAUAACUUCCUCUUGUGAUUUUACAUAAAAUUUUACAGAAUGCGACUCGAUUACCAAUUGUCAAAAUUGUUCUUGAAAUUUUCAAACAAAAUGUGACUCGAAAGAAAAAAAAGCAGUUCCUGCAAGCUGUCGUGACUCACGUCUUGAAGAUUAUUAUUAUUAUUAUUAUUAUUAUUAUUAUUAUUAUUAUUAUUAUUAUUAUUAUUAUUAUUAUUAUUAUUAUUAUUAUUGCCUUUAGUGAUUAAUAGCACUGCAUUGCUAUUGAGUACUCUGUGCUGUGUUGCAUUCAACAUUAUAAGAAUGGCUUGUCUUUAUAUAUAUAUAUAAUAUUAUUUAUAUAUAUA